AUGACUUCAGGUCUCCACCUUGACUUCCACUACGAUAUCUCAUGCCCAUUCGCCUAUAUCGCUUCUCUGCGGUUGCCGGCUCUCCAGCGCCGUCAUCCUACUCUUACGAUCAAUUACCGUCCUGUAUUGCUCGGGGCACUCUACCGCGCCACAUCCGCUGCACAUGGUGCCGCCGGCUCUGCCUCGGACGUCUUCAAUCCGACCAAACGCACUGUCGCGUCCGCGGCCUUCGUACGCACGCUGCUUCGGCUGGGCGUGGAGUAUAAGCAGCCGCCAAAGCAUCCGCAGAAGACGACUAGGGCUUUGCGUCUGCUCUACUGUGUGGAAGGGCUGGAGAGGGUAGCCCUGACGGGAUCCUUGUACCGGGCUUAUUGGGUUGAUGGACUGGAUCUGAGUGAUUCGGAGAUGCUAAGAAGCCUGGUGCGAGAAUGUCAAGGUCUGGAUCCGAAAACGCGGGAAAGAGUUCUAGGGCUGCUUGAGACGGGAGGGUUCGAGGCUGUCGAGCAGAGGAAGAAGCUUGAGGCGACGACGGCCUUGGCGCUGCAGAGGGGAGCAUUUGGUGUGCCUGUCUUUUGGGUCCACGAGGAGGAGAGGAUGUAUUGGGGUCAGGAUCGGCUACAGUUCGUGGACAAAGCGUUGUUCACGCUGGAAAGGGGCCAGGGAAACCUAACCCCAACACUAGAAGGAGUGGUACCACGGUUUGUGGCUCCUCAAAGCAGGGAAAUCCCAGACGGGGAAGAGGUGAAGCUGGAGUUCUGGUACGAUUUUAGCAGUCCUUGGGCCUUCCUGGGUUGGACACAACUCGCAAGGUUGCAGCGGAUCUUUGGACAGAGGCUGAAGAUUGAGAUGAAGCCGUUCUUACUUGGAAUCUUGUUUAGGGAGAUUGGCGCGCCUAAUCUGCCCCUGGCCGCUGAGUCCGAAGCAAAGAGAAAGUACAUACAGCUCGACCACUCGGACUGGUGCAGGUGGUGGAACGAUGUCAACAAGCAAAACGGACGGCCGGACAAAAACAUUGACUUCCAUUGGGCCGAUGUUUUUCCCAUUCGUACACCCGCAGUCUUGAGAACCGUUCUUGUAGAGCCAAGACUAGUCGACGCAUUAUUCAGAGCAUGCUGGGAACGUAACAAAAACAUAGCUUCCGACGACGUCCUUCACUCCGUUAUCGCGGAAGCAGGCCAUAAUGCUGAAGAUAUCAUGGCUAAGGCCAACAGCCUCGAGAUCAGGCAGGACUUAAGGCUCAGGACGAAGGAAGCCAAGGACACUGGUAUCUGUGGUGUCCCGAGCUACAGAGUUUUCAGACGGAAAAUUGGAAGUGGGAACGAGGAAUGGAAACUCGCUAAUGGUAUUAUCUGGGGUCAGGAUGAGACUGCUGUGGUUGAGGACUUGAUCUCCGGCUGGGAUGGGGAGAGCAUUGUCUGCGAGUCUAGUGGAGAUGUACGACCUCGAAAAGACAGUGCGAAACUGUAA